AUGCGUUUUCUUGUUUUUGCUUCGUCUCUGUAUUUAUACCUUCUGGCUGCUUUUGGUUGUUUGAUCUCAUGGAUGUACCUUGUUAAUGAGGAACCAUGGUUAAUCGAUGAAAAGAGUAAUAGAGAAAUUUUAGGAGUUACAUCGGAUAUUUCCAUGGAUCAUUAUUUUGAAUCAUUGCGAUCAUCAUUGUCAUCAUCAUCUCACGUGGGUCAAUCCAUCAAGGCACUACUACGAGCACAUUAUCAAUUUUCAUGCCUUGUUUUUCUUCUCUCAAGUGUUUUAAUUUUAUUAAUUGUGUUUUUUGCUACUCGGAAUCGAAUGUUGACGUUACUUACACACAUGGCUCUCGGUGUUUGGCUUAUUGCCUUUGGGUUUGUCAUGAAACCAAUGAAUGCAGGAGGUUCAUAUCAUGCCAAAAUUUAUUGGGUGGCCGUAGCAUCUAAUAUUGUUGGUACCAUUCUAUAUAUUUUGCAUUUAACAACUUCGAGUAGUAAGAAGAGAAAUCAGACCACACCAACCAUAACACCAACGACUCCAACCACCGACAAAAAGACAGAAUAA